AUAUACUAUUAGUACUACCAAGAUGUUUAGAUACUUCUACUAUUUCAACAUUAUUAUAUAAUUUCAGAAUAAUACCUAUAUUAUCAUUACUAGCUAUUAAUGUUAAUAAGAAUCAAAAUAAAGAAUUUGAUAAUAUGAAUGAAGAAAAUAAUGAUCACGAUGAUGAAUUUGAUGUCAUAACCUUUAGAUAG